GAUGGCGGUGAGGCUGAAGUGGGCAGCCGGGCUUGGUAGGCCAGAGCUCCUUGUGACCCUGUGACGGAGGGAUCCCCAGGCAGUGGACUGGGAGGGGAGGACUUCCUGGUGGUGGUACUGAAACGGAGCCCUGAAGAGUGAGUUUGUCGAAGGGACAAAGAGCCGAGCAGGUUUGGCAGCAGACGCUGUCUGUGCUGGGGUCCCGGCGGAACGCACAGCCAAGUGGACACUGCCUGUCAGCUUGCUCCGGCUGCACCUUACGGACGCGGGUUCCCGAAGCACACCCAAACCGCGGUUUUCACUUCGGUGGUGGCGUAGCACUGCCAAGGGCAGGGAGCUCCAGAAGUGUUAGCGGUGGGCUCCAGGGGCUCUGGGGCAGGGCUGCACCCCGAGCAGAGGAGAUGUAGGCCCAGCCCCAGGGCGAAGGCAGCAGAAGCCUUCAGCUGUUGGCCCGUGUGCCCCAGAACUGCACGUGGAGGGUAACACGUGGAGGUAAAUGGGCCGGUAGCAAAGCGCAUGUUAGUAACAAGACUGGAAGCCACGUACUGCCUUCAGAAGGGGCUUCCUGAGUAAAUUUUGGCCUGUCCCUGCGACGGAGCACCGUGCAGCCUCACGAAGGGCGAGGUACUCUUGUAUAGCCCCGGGCAGAUCUGCAAGGUGACUGGCGGGAACACCAGCGUGCAGGGCAGUGUGUGCCGUGCAGCGCACCACACUAGGGAGAGGGCUUGACAGCCAGGGUCUCUGUGUGCGCCCGAGGGACCUGGAGAAGAAUUCGUGAGGAGAAAGGGGUGCGCUGACCGAUUGCCCUGGGGGGUGCAGGCAGCAAGGAGAGAGGCUUGUCAGUAGUGUUCUCUGCUUGUUUUCAGAGUCCGUUCAUGAAAAAGGAGCUUUCACAAUGGAACUGAUUGACAUGAUUCGAGGCCAUACAGUUGAGAAAUGUCUGGUUGAGAAGCCAGCUGCCCGCCCCACCGCACCACCCAUCCCGGUGGUUCCCAGCUGUCUCCGGACCUGGGCUGCUCCCGUGGGUCACUUUUCAAUAUCCAGCCCUCAUUUAAGGGAGACUGAGGACCUGUGAGGUCAGGCCUGCCCCUCCCCCCGCUCAGACGGUGAGAGGUGCCCCAGCCACACACAGUGCACGUAGAACCUCACAUCUAACUGCAGCGAGCACUUAAGUUCCCUGGAGAGAAGAGGUCGGCUUUCACUACCCGCUUCAGAGGUGUUUCCAAACAGGACAUUCGUCAGCAGAUGUGGGACUACAUGGAAUCACAAAAUUUAGCUGAUUUUCCCCGGCCUGUUCAUCACAGGAUUCCCAACUUCAAGGGCUCUUACCUGGCUUGCCAAAACAUCAGAGAACUAGAGGUUUUUGCCAGAGCACAGGAAGUUAAAGUGGACCCCGAUAAGCCACUGGAAGGCGUUCGGCUGCUGGCGCUGCAGAGCAAAAAAACAUUGUUGGUCCCAACACCACGACUGAGAACGGGGUUAUUUAAUAAGAUCACACCACCUCCCGGGGCAACGAAAGACAUCUUGAGAAAAUGUGCCACCUCUCAGGGCGUGAGGAGCUACAGCACUCCCGUGGGCUUGGAUUCCAGGGUCCUCGUGGACUUGGUUGUGGUGGGGUCCGUUGCUGUUUCUGAAAAAGGCUGGAGAAUUGGGAAGGGAGAAGGUUACGCUGAUCUGGAAUAUGCCAUGAUGGUGUCGAUGGGAGCAGUCAGCCAGGGGACGCCUGUGGUCACCAUCGUCCAUGACUGCCAGGUCGUCGACAUACCUGAAGCGCUGCUCGAGGACCACGACCUAACAGUGGACUACAUUCUCACUCCGACGAGAGUCAUUGCCACGGGGUGUGAGCGCCCAAAGCCGACGGGAAUCAUAUGGUCCAAGAUCAGCUCUGAGGUGAUGGGGAAAAUCCCCAUACUCAGAAGCCUUCGUUGCCGAGAGAGGCAGGCUGGGAGAGAUGUCACCCUUCAGGACGAGCCCCGGCACCUUCUGGGAACCGGCAGCCGGCAGCCACCUCCCCUGAGCACUGUCAGAAGACACCAGGACCCAGAGCAGCCCGAAUCCUGUUCUGGGCAGGGGGAGGAUGGGCCUUCUAACACUGUUUUCAUCGGGAACCUUCCGCGGGGCACCCGAGUGAGUGAGCUGAAGAGAGCUCUCCGAGAACUGGGCACGGUCCCCCAGAGGCUCACGUGGCAGGGGCCACGGCGCAGGGCCUUCCUCCACUACGAGGCCCCCAUCUCAGCCCAACAGGCUGUCUCCUGCUUGCAGGGCCUGCGUCUGGGUGCUGCCACCUUGAAGGUGGCGCUGGCCAGGCCGCAGAGGGCCGGAGAGGGGACAGGCAGCUGUGCGGAGGAACCGCGCCCUGACCGUCGCUCAGCUGUCUCCGGCCUGUGAUGUGCUGCCCUGGGCCCUGUGGAACUUAAGGAGCCCGUGCAGCGGGGCUCGGCGCGUUGCCGCGUGAGCCAUUUUGUGGCUGGUCCUUUCCAGGACGUGCCAGCCUGCUGUUCCUGCCUGGGGCCUGCCGGUGAGAAGGAAGGUAGCCGUAGCGCACUGCCGACUUGUCCGGGCCCGGCUCUGUCUGUGCUUCAGCCUGCCUGCUGGGUGUUGGAGCCGCGCUGAUCUCCCUGCGAGUUCGGAGGCCUCGGGGAGCAGAGUGAGGGAUGAGGGGGGGGUAGAUGGUGGCAGCGGUGAGGAGCGCCUGUGCUCUGGAUUUGGGAGGGGGUGGUCGGGGAGAAGGGGAGAUCCCCUAGCAGGGAUCAGGUGCUGAGCACGCCCAGCUGUCCUUGGGUCCUCGGUCUGGUAUAACUGCAGGGGGAGAGCUCUGUUCAUACUGCAGAAUCCAGGUUCCCCGGGUGCAAACUGCUUGUCACAGUUCGGUACUAGUGUCAGCGACGGAGAGCCAGUGUGAUGUGCGGGUGGUGUGCAGCUCCCCUCCGUGCCCUCCUCACUUUCCAGCCUCCUGCCGUCUCUACGUGGACUCCCACGCUCCGCGCUAUUUGUAGGAGACCCUGGUCAUGGAGAGAGCUGUCCCGGCCUUCCUCACAGGCAGGGACAGAAGUGCUCACACCUGUUUGCCCAGGGCCUGAGGUUUCUUGGGGUUUCCCUCCAGUUCUCUGUUCCUAAAAAACAAAACUGGAUUUUUGAUUUUUGAACGACGCUUUCUUAACAAGUGAUUUUGCAGUUGAUACAGGGCCAAAAGUCAAAUGAAGCAUUUAAGUGGCAAAAUUUUAAUUUUUUUACCAGAGGGUCUUAAUGAGCAUGUUUUAAGCACAGUCGUAGCUCAAGGGGGUAUGCCUUGUACGUACUUUCAAUAAAACCUCGGGGCACUGUCUCCCUUUGUAGAA